GUGACGCGAACGGGCGGCGAGAGCGGGAAAUUUAACCAGCCAACCUGGAGCGCGGGAGUCGCAACUUGUUUUCAAGGGGAGAGGUAGGGAACCUGUGGGAAAUUCUGACGUACAGCAUUGAUAAUAAUCGUGUGACAGAGCGCUCAGCCGACUGAGGGGUUAGAGAUGGAGCGCCGGAGCCUCGCACAGGAGCUGAAGAAAUGGGCGGUAGAGGAAAUGGGACUCCCUGCCCAAAAAGCGCCCAGUGAGGAGAUGCUGCAGCGCUUAUUCAUUGGUCAGUGUGGGGACAUCUGGAAGUUUAUAAUACGUCACAUACACAGCCACAGGACUGUGCGCAAGAUCGAAGGGAACCUACUGUGGUAUCAGCAGCUCCAGCACACAGAGGCCCAGAGGACAGCAGAGGAGGAGCAGCAGCAGCGCAGGAAGCAACUGUGCAAGGAGAUUUUGGAGCUGCGAGCGGAACUCCAUCAUUUACAGGAACAAAUUCAGACUGCAGAGCGGGAAAUAGUGGGCCAGGAUCUGAACUGUGAGCGUGCACAGGAUUUAUGUCGACGUUCACUACUGCUCCGCGCGUUCAACAAAAAAAGGGAGGAAGAAUGCGAGGCCUUGUGCCAAAGCAACAAAAAGAUCCAGUACCGCUGCGAACAGCUGCAAGAGAUUCGCAGGGCAUCACAAAGAGAAGUUAUGUUCUCUGCGGUGGAUCCUGACUUAUCUUCUUCUACAUUCUUGGAACCAGAAGUAUUGAGAGAUGUGAGAGAAGUUUGCAAACUGCGCUUCAAGUUUUUGCGGUCGCUCCACGAUGAUUCCAUCUCCAGCUCUGUACACCCAGGAAAAGAAGAUCUGCGAUCCCUGUCCCACCAGCAGUGGAUGAGUAUGGCAGAGAAAGUCUGGAACACCCACACCCCUAAUCACAUAUUGGCGGCAUUAGAGCGACUUACUCUAAACUCGACCCAAGAGCUAAAGAAAUUGCAGUUCUCCCAGGCAGCUGAUCUAUCCAAGGGACCCUCUUGCCAGUUAAAGGAAUUCUCUGAGCCAAUCACACAGUCAAGGUCUUGUAAUGAAAGUACCCACCUAGAUCCACAAGAGACUCUGCCAUCCUUCCACAGCCUGAUCCAGGAAGGCUGGGCAAAUUCUGUUAAAGUAUCGUCUGAGCUGCGCCGUGUUCAGAGCCAAGCACAGGCCCUGUCUGAGCAUUUGGCUGAAAGGAUCCAAGAGAUUCACAAGAAACUUUCAGAUGGAAGUGAAGUGUCUGUGCUCACCAGGGCGGCAUUUGAUGCAGAGCUUCGUUGCGUGAUUCUACGAGGAUGCAGGGAUGCUUUGAUGCAGGAGUGCCGAAUGCUUCAGGAAGAGGCUGCAGGCAAGAAGCAGGAAAUGAAGCUUUUACAGCAACAGCAGCAAAACAUACAAGAGGCUUGUCUUCUCCUGGACAAGAAGCAAAAACAUAUACAGAUCUUAAUUAAGGGAAAUUCUUCAUCUAAAUCGCAAAUCCGGCGCAGCAGUGUAGAGGCCCAAAAAUAUGUUCAGGAUAAACUGCUGCCCUGGCCCCAAGAAAUCAUACAGGAAUCUCAGCGCCUACAGGACUCCAUUCAAAAGGAGGUCAAACACUUUUCUGCAAUCUGUCUGCCAGCACUGCUGAAAGUGUCCACUGAUGGAUUUAAUCUGCUUCCGUCUCGUGAGCUUUCUAUUAACCGUAUGUCAAACACACACGCUCCCUACUAUGGCAUCUUCAAGGGCAUCUACGAAAGUGUCCGCCUGCCACUGUAUAAGGCGCCGGAGAGUGUGCUCAGCCAUGUUGCCGAUAUGAAGAAGCAGCUCUUUUUCUUGCGUUCCCAGCUCAGUAGCCGCAGUGAAGCAAUAAGCAAAACACAAAGGGCCCUGCAAAAGAACACCAAUCCAGAUACAGAUGCUUUAUUGAAGUCCCUUUCUGACCAUUACUCUCUUGAACUCGAUGAGAUGGUUCCCAAGAUGCAGCGCCUUAUACAGCAAUGUGAGAAACACCAGGAGUAUGGAAAAGAGGUGCAAGCCACUGUGAUGGACUGGUGGGAACAGCCUGUACAACUGUGCUUACCGUCAGAGGAGAGAGGAGGGUUAACUCUGCGCCAGUGGAGAGAAAGAUGGACCGUUGCAGUGACAGCCCUGCAAAGAGCGACAGGCAGCAGAAGUUAAAUCCAAUGGCAGAAAGUCACCUGCAGUACAGACACUAGAUGGCGCACUUGGGUUUGUUUGUGGCUCAUUUAUUAACACUGGGCAAAUUUGCUCCUGGGCAGUAACCCAGUGACAAACUUUUUUUCAGCCAGCUGCAGUUUGAACACUGAAAGCAAUCAUCUGAUGCAAUGGGUUAAUGCCCAGGUGCAAAUUUGUCCAGUGUUUAUAAAUGACCCUCCGUAUAUUUUAUCAAAGCAUUUUGUGAGUGGAAUUCACAUACAGGGUGGGUGUGAUGGAUAAGGCAAGUUUUUCAGUUUUUGUGUAUAGUGAAACACUGUGAUCUUGUGUUCAAGCCCUGGGGUUUCUAGCUGUCAGAUUGAGUGUGUAAGAGAGCAGCACAGCUCCUUUUUUUUUUCUUGAUAGGUGACAAGGCUUUGCUUAUUGCGUCCUAGACUGGGUGCCAAAACCACUGCUAAUGCAAGUGCCCCUGCAAGACUUU